AUGUACGCGGAAUCUUAUCCCCAACUUGUCUAUACCAGUAUCGAGCUAACCCUUGCCAAGCUCUUUGCUUUUGCUAUUUAUAGGCUGUUUUUCCACCCUUUGUCCGGUUAUCCCGGCCCGCGACUCGCAGCAAUUUCUCGCUGGUACAGUGCAUUUUACGCCUGGCGAGGUAUCCUGCAUUUGCGAAAUAAGACGUGGCAUGACAAAUAUGGCUCUGUUUUUCGUUCGGGUCCCAAUGAGUUAUCGUUCAACUCCUCUUCCAGUCUGCAAGUUAUCUAUCGUAACUCCUCUUUGAUUAGCAAGCCAGGGAUCUGGGAAGCGCUCAGUGCUAGCCGCCGUACCCCCAAUAUUCUCAGUGCUGUUGAUGACGCAGUACACAACUUCAAGCGACGAACGAUUUCGAAGAUGUUUUCUGGUUAUAGUUUAAAGCAGAUCGAAGGUCGAAUCUCCGGGAGACUGAAUCACUUUGUCGACCUUCUAGUAAAUCCAGGGCCUAAACAUGAUCUUCAGGACCUGUGUGAUUGGCUUUCUUUUGAUUUCAUUAGUGAUCUCUUAUACAGCGAGAGUUGUGAUAUGCUGCAGCGCCCCGAAUUUCGCUGGAUUCCAUGCGCGUAUAAAAUCAUGUCUCAGCGCAGCAUGGUCUGUCUUGUGCAACCGAAAUUCUUCCAGUACUACAUUGAUCGGUUGUUUCUCCUGCGAGAUUAUCGCAAUAUCAUGGCAGCUGGCACAUGGGCCCGUGAAAGAACCAAAGAACAGGGCAAAAGCAAUGACGGGUCCCUUCAGUAUAGCGAGAAAGAUAUGUGGGUCGAAAGCUUCCUUCUGCUAGCGGCAGGUGCUGAUACGACGUCUACUACAUUGUGUGCUCUUUUUUUCUAUCUCCUGCACAAUCAAGAGGUUCUGCUGAAAGUCAUUGGGGAGAUCCGCACGAGUUUUACCGAGGAGGACGACAUCACCGGAAGUCAGUUAAAUCAUUGCGUAUACCUCGAUGCAUGCAUCAAGGAGACCAUGCGGCUCGUCCCAGCAGUACCAAACCUGUCUCCACGCUUUGUCAACUCCGGGGGGCUGACAAUCCGUGGUCGGUACAUUCCUCCUGGCACAAUCGUUGGAACAUCUCUCUACACGCUCAUGCGCAACUCGAAUUAUUUUGAUCGUGCGGACGAGUUUUUGCCCGAGCGAUGGUUAUCGCGUGGGUGCCGAUCGCAACUUCUGAAGUUGGAGGGCUUUGAGCCUUUCGGAACUGGGCUACGGUCUUGCGUUGGAAUGAAGCUGGCAGAAUUAGAACUGAAAAUGACCAUCGCCCGGACGCUCUUUAAGUGCGACUUGAGGCUGUGCCCAGAAACAGCUCGAUACGAUGCACCGGCGGGAUUUUCAUUUAAGGGGUGGGCAGUUGCGAGUGGCGAGAAAAAUCAAAUUGGGAACAGUUAUGUUGCAAAUAUUGCAGAGGUUCUAGGAUAA